UGUCAGUCAGUAGUGAGUGAUGUGAGUGUGGCGGGCGCGGUAGGGACACUCACUACAGUGUGUAGAGAGUAAGAAAGUCAGUCAGUAGUGAGCGAUGUGAGUGUGGUGGGUGCGGUAGGGACACUCGCACUACAGUGUUUAGAGAAUAAGUCAGUCAGUAGUGAGUGAUGUGAGUGUGGAGGGCGCGGGUGGGAUCCUCACUACAGUGUGUACUGUAGAGAGUAAGUCAGUUAGUAGUGAGUGAUGUGAGUGUAGCGGGCGCGGGUGGGACGCUCAGUUCCCUGUGCGCUGGCGCUACGCUAUCGACCAGUCGCCAGGUCUGUCUCAGUAGCGGGAUGGAGCGGGCCGACGUCUCCGGCUCCGGCUUCGCGGACCCCUCGCUCGAGCACCUGUACCAGUCCUAUAGCGUGAAGCAGAAACGACCCGCGCUCCAGUGCUUCCUGUUGGCCGCGAUCCUCUACGACGCCUACUGGCUGGUCGUGCCGCAGAGUCAGGACCUCGCCUCGCGAGGUGUCACUCUCGUCUUCCUGCUGCUCAACGUCGGACUCCUCGCGUGGUGUCGCUGGUCGUUGUCCCGGCUGUGGUCGGCUCUCCCCCACCUAGCCUGGCACCUCGCCAAUCUCCAGAUCCUUGUGCAUCUGUUCCUGCAGAAGAACGAGGUUACCGGACGCACCAGUCUAGGAUGGGUGCUCUUGUUGGAUUACCUCCUGUUUGUCUCGUUGCCCCUGAGGCUUCGCUAUUGUGUGAUGCUGUCUCUUGGAACUUGCUCUUCGUACCUGGUGGCGGUGGAGGGAUUGGCAUUGCGGUCGGACACCCACCUGAUACAUCAGACUGUUACGAACAUUCUGCUUCUAGUCACUGCGAAUCUUCUGGGGCUCACCUCCUUCUACAUAGAGGACCGGCAACAGAGGACGGCAUUCCUGGAGACUCGGCAGUGUUUGGAGAUGAAACUUGUGAUAGAAGAACAGUCGGCAGAGCAGGAACGACUACUUCUCUCGGUAUUACCUGAACACGUCGCCGUCAAAAUGAGACAAGAUUUGGGUUCGGCGCUCGACUCUCAAUUUAAGAAGAUCUACAUGAGCAGACACGAAAACGUCAGUAUACUUUACGCAGAUAUCGUAGGAUUUACUGCAAUCUCGUCAACCUACUCAGCCUCUGAACUCGUCAAGAUACUCAACGAGCUGUUUGCCAGAUUUGACAGACUCUCUGAGAGAUACAACCAAUUGAGGAUCAAGAUCCUGGGUGACUGUUACUACUGUAUCAGUGGUGCCCCGAGGGAACGCCCGGACCACGCGGUGCUCAGCGUUCACAUGGGGUUGUCUAUGGUGAAGGCCAUCAAGUAUGUUCAGCAGACGACUAAUUCCCCGGUGGACAUGCGGGUCGGUAUCCACACUGGGGCAGUCCUGGCAGGCGUGCUUGGUCAGAGACAGUGGCAGUUCGAUGUAUACUCCAAGGAUGUCGAGCUAGCCAACAAGAUGGAGAGUAGUGGACUCCCAGGGAGGGUUCACAUAUCAGAGAAGACGUUAAGUUUUCUAAACGGGGAAUUCGAAGUAGAGCCAGCCCUCGGGGAGAAGAGGGAAGAAAUGUUGAGGCUGGCAGGGAUAAAGACGUUCUUCAUAGUAAAAACUCUAAAACCGUUCAGAGGCGAAGUUAGCAAUGGCAACGUGACAGACGAUUACAUUGAAGAUACCAAGAUCGACUCAGCGGGACAAACUCCAGUUGACGAAACGGCCAAAUCCGAAGGUGACUCUGAGGAUUUCAAGAAAAGACUGAGAAAGGACUUAAUGAACAGAGAUGCGCACAGAGAUCUUACGAAGCACACGACCCUGUUCACCCUCUCCUUCAAGGACCCCAAGAAGGAACAUGAGUACGCACAACAUGCAGAGUCCUUCUCUGGAGUCUCCUUACUGGGCUGUCCUCUAGUCCUCCUGUUCACUUCUGUGGCCCAGAUGGUCAUUCUGCCCAGAGAUAUUCUGAGCAUAUUAUCCUUCACAUUGGGUUCCGUUUUCCUGAUAGUAUUUACUACCGUCUCUAUAGCUGAAGCCUUCCCAACGAUGUUCCCAAAACUCCUGGUACAAAUAAGUGAGACGAUGAACAGCUCAAUGUGGGCGAGAAGAUUCGUCGGAAUCUUGGUAGUGUCUGUGCUAGGGGCCGCCAGCAUGGUGGAUGGGGCUUCGUGCACAUCAGCCCCAGUAUUCGUCAACUUCACCAUGCCUGAAGACCCAGCCCAGGAGUGUCUAUAUCCAUCGUACUUCAACUACUUCACAGUGUUGGUACUAGUGGCUGCUUGUCUACCUGCGCAGUUGUCACACCUGGUCAAGACUGUGGUGUUGAUAGCGCUGACUGUGGCGCAAUGUGUUGUCAACAUCACUGUCAUCGCCCCAGCGUUAGACAAUGAGGAGUACAUCAACCAUAGGGACUUCAACAAUAUGACUGCAGGCAAGUUUACGUUGUCUAUUCUCCUCGUUGCAGUAACAAUCGCAUUAGCCUUCCUAGCAAGACAUAUGGAGAAGGCCUCCCGUGUGUUGUUCCUGUGGAAGACAGAGGUGGAGGAGCAGCGGGAGCGAGCCUCUGAUAUCAGGAGACGCAAUGAGGCUCUAGUCUACAACAUCCUGCCUCAGCACGUCGCAGCACACUUCCUCGGCAACAGGAAGCGUCAGCACGAGGAGCUCUACAGCCAGAGCUACGCUGAAGUCGGCGUGCUGUUCGCGUCCAUGCCAAACUUCUCAGAUUUUUACUCUGAAGAAACUGUAAAUAAUCAAGGGCUAGAAUGCCUAAGGUUCUUGAAUGAAGUUAUAUCUGAUUUUGAUGCCUUGCUGGAGCUUCCAAAGUUCCAAGAUAUUAUAAAAAUAAAAACAAUUGGAUCUACUUAUAUGGCUGCUAGCGGACUGAAUCCUUCCAGAAAAGUAAAACCAGAAGAUCCCAUUGAAGUCAGAUGGGCACAUUUGUCUUUACUUGUGGAAUUCGCUUUCGAGCUGAAGAAAGCUUUGCAAAGCAUAAACGAACAAAGUUUCAACCACUUUGUUUUGAAAAUGGGUAUCAACCACGGACCUAUUACUGCUGGAGUGAUCGGUGCUCGCAAACCUCACUAUGACAUCUGGGGGAAUUCUGUAAACGUAGCGUCCAGGAUGGAGAGCACAGGCAAAGCUGGGUGUAUCCAGGUGACCGAGGAGACCUGUGCGAUUCUGCAGAACUUCGGCUAUAUCUUCGAGCAGCGUGGUUUAGUGUCAGUUAAAGGCAAGGGACAACUCAUGACAUAUUACCUGAUAGGCAAAGGCGUCGUUGGUAAUGCCAACCCGGCAUACUCAACAAUGGAAACAGUAAAAGAAGAAGAGGAAGAAGAGGACAUAGCUGCAAACGAUCAGCAAGCUCUUCUGUCAAACGAGGACAAAGCUCCCACACCAACGAUAACGAGGACUGAUUCUGUGCAUUAGUGAUAAACAAUAAAAAGGGACCUAAGACACAUCCUUAAGGUACCCAUGUAAAUAUAUGUAAAUAUUGUACAAUUCGUAAAUAGAUCAUCCUUUAUGAUUCCUCGAACAAUAUACUUUUGAAGUUACCAUGGUCUCUGUUAGGAAGGGACUCAUAAAACAUUUUCGUAAUAAAAAAACUCAUCCUAAAAUUCAACCGCCAUGUUACACUGUAACAAUAAUUUUACAGAACAAUGUGGCUAGGUGGUCAUAACCAGUGAAAUAGUCUAUUUAUGUAAAUUUAGCCAAACAUUUGUCUUAUAAUAUGUAUACAGCUUAAUAACAUGUGUGUAAGCUUUAGUACAAGUAUGUAAGUGUCGACCCGUGUAGAUAAACAAAUCUUCACAUAUCCAAAACCCCCACUCAUCUCAAAGAAAAAAAAACAGGUUAAAGAAACCUUUUUUAUAAAUGAGAUUUCCUGUUUACUACAAGAACUUUAUAGUUUUUUUAGCCUUUAGAUAUAUUUUAACGUGACAUGUCUUGCCAUUGAAUUCAGAAAUCCUGUUUCGAUUUGACUUAUAAUUAAUUCUCUUAUAUUGUUUUCAAAAAUAGUAUUAUCUGUGUAAUAUACAUGUCUUAUCAAAAGAAAUUCAGGAGUUUGCCACUGUUUUCUAAAAGAGGUCUGAGAUUCUCUUUUACAUUUGAUUCUACUAGCGAUAAACACUAACAAAACGAUUAACCAUAUUUUUUAUUAAUAAUCAAUGUGAAAACGUAAACUUAAUCACUAUAAUGAUUGACUGUAAUGAUGAUGCAAAAAUAAACCAACUAGACUUGGGGCAGGGUUUUCAGGUCAUAUCCUGUUUUAACUAUCAUCAUCAUCAUCACACCGUUGUAUAGCGAAGUAGGAUCAAAGUGUGCGGCAAUCGGUAGAGCCGUGUGACCGUUAUUUGAAUUAUAUAAUAUAAUUACCUUGAAACAUUACAGUUAGAGGAACGGAAAUUGAGAUGAGUUUAGUUUCGUUUUAUUAAUAUAUGUAGUUUUUACAUCUUUGUAUAUGACAUGUGAGUCAAAUAAGAAGAUUGCCCUAGUCCAAGCAGUAAAAAAAUUUAUGUUAUCAAUACAAAUUGUAGUCAAACAUUGAUUUUAAAUAUUAAUUUCGGUCUGCUUUUAGCAAUUUCCCCUUAAUAACUUGUAGAAAUACGUAGGUAUACUAGUACUUAAUGUAAGAAAUAACUGUACAUAUAGCUGUAAAUAUAUUUAUAUCUAACAUUUUGUACUAUAUAAUAGUUUAAUUUGUGUAAUUCAUUAUACAUUGUUAUUUAUUGUGUAUCCUUAUUUUUUCUUGUAUUUUUUAAUGAUGAAGAAUAAUAAGAAUAAAUUCACAGUUACGCACGUUUUUCGUAUUUCGAUUUUAAGAUUAUCAUUACUUAUAUGUAUAAAUCUGAAUUGCAUAGUGUCUUAGAUUUUUACUGAUGUUUAGUCCUCAAUUAGAAUUAUUGCGUGUUUUUAAUUAGUUUUAUAAACCAGUAGUCGCAUAUAUAUACCAUUCAUGGGACUACCAUACUCAUUAAAUUGACAAAAUAUGGAAACUUAAAUGUCACCAAAACUUAAUUUCUUUACUCUUUACAUGGCUUGUUUUAGCUAUAAUUUCGAAGGUACAACGUUUAUUUGUAUAAACUUCUUCAUCAAAUUCUCGUUGACUUGUGAAA